CCUUCCUUCCUCCAGAAUUCAAAUCCAAAACCCCACAGAAUCUCAAGUUUCAUUCUUCAGAGCAAUGGGUUGCGUCUCUUCUAAUCUACUCAACCACAACGACGAGUUUCCUCAACUCGGUGCUUCCGCUAUCGGCCACCACAUCGUCUCUCUCACCUCCACCACCUAUGGCCUCCUCAACCUCGACCCUCCUCAAACUCCGACCAUCCCGCCCACUCGCUUCACCCUCGACUCCAUCUUCUCGAGCCCACUUCGUGAACCCAAGCCCCUCUGGUCCGAACCAGAGGUCAUUAACUCUUGGGAGCUCAUGGCAGGUCUUGACACUGACAGUUUCCGAUUUUCUCCUCUGCCUCUAUGCAAACCCUUCACCACUAAAGAUUCAACCUUUGAUAAAGAAAACUCGAACCUAAACCGAAACCAGUUCAAUCUUCAAAAGGAGUCCAGUGUUUCCGUCAAAUCCGACUCAGUCAAGCCAUUACUGGAGCGAUUCGAGAGAAUAUGCCCACCCAAUGGGGAAAACAGAGUGGUGAUCUAUACGACAACGUUGAGAGGCGUUCGAAAUACUUUCGAAGCAUGCAAUGCUGUGAGGGCUGCGUUCGAGGGCUUUGGCGUUCAAAUCUGUGAGCGAGAUGUGUCCAUGGAUCGAGGGUUUAGAGAGGAGCUAAGGGAAUUACUUAAAGGGAAGGAGGAGAAGGAGUCGAUUUUGCCUCCAAGAGUGUUUGUGAAAGGAAGCUACAUUGGUGGGGUUGAAGAGCUAUUGAGGAUGGUAGAGGAGGGUUUAUUAGGGAAGCUUCUAGAAGGUCUACCCAGAAAAAAAGCUGGUUCAGUUUGUGGGGGUUGUGGGGAUAUGAGGUUCUUGCCUUGUGAUAAGUGUAAUGGGAGCUCCAAGAAGGUGGUGGUGAUGAUGAAGGAAGAGAUGGGUCAGAAGAAACAGGGGAGGAUGGUUGUGAUGAGGUGCACUAACUGUAAUGAAAAUGGCUUAGUGAUAUGCCCCAUUUGUACCUGAUUUAUAGUGAUUAUUAUUAGUAGGAUUACUUUUUCAUAGGUUUUGUCUCUUUGCUUAUGUUCUUUGUGAUAGUUAUGGUGAUGAUUCUCAUGUCACCAUUUUUGUGACUUACAUCACAAAUGAUUUUUUUCCCUUUUAAGAGGGAGAAUUGACCUGCUAAUGUAAAGACUAAAGAGAAAUAUGUGUACGUUGUGUUUAGUUGUUCCAUUGCUUCAUCUAUGCGGCUGCUAAUAGCUCCAGUUUAAGAAGGUUGAGGUUU